UGCGUGAUUUUGAAUUUAAUUUCAGUUUAUUUUGUAGUAAAAUUUAGUUUUCCUUUUUUGUUUUCUGCACGGACUUGUAGCACUUUGUAGAGUUUAUCACGUAAACAAUUCCUUCUGCUCCAUAUUCUUAGAUAGGCCAAAUUUUCUGUUAUCAUAAUGCAAGAAACCGUUACAAACACAAACGAGAGAAAAUCUUUAUUUUCCUCCAUUCUGGACGUUAUAGAGGCGCGGGAGAAACAGGCCCAGGUAGAGCGGCAGCUGCAGGAGGAAAAGUACCUAAGGAGAACACAGAGAAUCAUCGAUUUCCACGAACGGCAGCGGCGCGAGGCAGUGGAGCUGCGGCGCUGCCUCGAUUACGUGUCGCAGCACGCACACGUGCUCGAGAGCGUGCUGCGCGGCAACGGCAGCGGCGGCGGCGGCGGCAACGGCGAGGCCGUGCCGCUGGGCGCGGCGCUCGUGCGGCAGGCGGGCGCGCUACAGCGCUGCAUGGCGCAGUGCGUCGCCAACGCCGCGCGGAUCCGGCGCCUGCUCGCCGCCGCGCACCAGCCGCAAAUGGACUCCAUGCUCGCCAAGAUGGAAGCGGAGCUGAGCACGUGGACGGCCUUUUUGCAGCGCGCCGUUGACGCCACCUACAACACCGAAGUGGUCGUCGACAACCUGCACAACCUUAUCGCGGAGCAGCGGCGGUGCGUGCGGGAGGUGUCGGCGAGCGGCGCGUUCGCGUCGCUGUGCGCGCCGGAGGCCGAGGCGGCGGAGGCGCCGUCGCCCGGCGCCGCCUGCAGCACGCCGCUCGCGCACGACUAGCCCGCCCGCGCUGGCCCACCGGCCACUCGACGGUCGGGCGCGAACCAGCGGCGCGUCGCUCCCGGUGUGCUCUAAGGACCCUAACCGGCUCGCUGGAAGCGGGGCGCUCGACGUCGGGGCUAUUUUCGGGUUGCAUCGAGGCGGUAUUGGAAGCUGGAACCGGCUCUCGUCGGACUCCGCGUGGAGGUGGUCGGUUCGCCGUUGCGAUUUCG